GGAUAUACUGUCAUAUCAUAUGCAUGGCAGUAACUAAUCCUAUAUCUGUUAUACAGAUAAGAACAAAAUAUUAUCAUUUAUAAGAAAUUAUUACUAUUACUAUUAUUUUGAUUAUCCAAUGCUUAGAGAUUUCAAAUUUCGAAUAUUAAUAUUAAUAAUUUUUGUGCUUGUGCUUGUGCGGUGCGAGGCCCAACUGUCCUCCGUCUUCCACUCGGGAUUGCAGAUCGUGGCAGAGAGCUAAUUGGAGUGGGGGGUGAAUCCAUGGAUUCAGAUAGACAUCCACACACACACACACACACACAAACACCUACACCGUAGAGGAGCAGGACGAGAGGUAAGAAAAUCACAAUUAUUAUUGUUAUUAUUUACUGCCCCAUUUCCGAAUUUUAAUCCACCCAAGCCAGACGGGCAUUUCAUAGUUUUCCCUCAACAAACUUGGAGAAUACCUCGCAUUCAUCUUCCACCACCACUGCUUUCCAAAUUCCCUUCUGCCUCCCUGGAUUUGGUACCAUUGGAGGAUUUUCAUUCCAUUCGUUUUUUUCGUUCAAUAAUAUAUGAUACAUGCAUAGAGGGAUUUGUUGUUUGAAACUGGGGAGGAUUGUUAUAUAUAUAUAAGGAUUACGACGACGAUCAUUAUGAUUCUCGAAAGCAUGUCUUUUGUGAUAUAAUGGCAUCAUUGCUAUUGGCUGUUGUUGAUACAAACGAUGUCGUUUUAUGUUGGACGCGAGGCUUCAAAGGUUCGACUUUUCUCUCAAUACAUACGUACAUACUGCCUGUGAUUUGCUUUAUGACGUUUGUUGUUUUUAUUCUUCUGUCAUUCUGAAUUAUGAAAAGUUGUGGAAGAGAGUUUGUACGGAGACCACCAUAGAAAUCAAACUCCUUGCAGAAAACUGGAAAUAUAUUUUAGGGGGUAUCAUCUGUCAGUACAUCCAUGGGCUUGCUGCUCGAGUAGUUCACUAUUUACAUCGACCGGGACCUAUACUUCAGGAUGCUGGCUUCUUUCUUCUCCCGGAACUUGGGCCGGACAAAGCAUACAUCAGUGAAACUGUAUUCGCCACUAUUUUUAUAUCUUUUGUCUUGUGGACUUUCCAUCCCUUUGUUAUGAAGAGGAAGAAGAUCUACACUGUCUUGAUAUGGUGCAGGGUUCUGGCAUUCUUAGUUGCUUGCCAAUUUCUUCGAAUCAUCACCUUCUUCUCUACCCAGCUCCCCGGUCCAAAUUAUCAUUGUCGAGAGGGAUCAAAGCUUGCUCGGCUGCCUUGCCCUGAUAGUAUUUUAGAGGUCCUGCUAAUUAACUUCCCUAAGGGAGUGAUUUACGGCUGUGGCGAUUUGAUAUUUUCUUCUCACAUGAUAUUUUCACUGGUCUUUGUUCGGACAUACGGCAAAUAUGGAACUAGAAGGUUUGUCGAGUAUUGCGCCUGGCUAUUGGUUGUGAUGCAAAGCUUGUUGAUCAUUGCAUCCCGAAAGCACUAUACUGUUGAUGUGAUCGUUGCAUGGUACACGGUUAAUUUGAUAGUGUUCUGCAUAGACAAAAAGUUGCCAGAGCUGCCUGAUCGUUCGAGUGGUUCUGCGUCGCAGCUGCUCCCGUUGAGCAAGGAUAAUAGGGCUAAAGAUGACACUUACAAACUCCUCAAUGGAAACUCUGUUGAGGUUCAGAGAGCAAGAAAUCAGAGCAGCAACUCAAAGCUUAUAGAGAAAGGAGGAAAUGUGGUGCACGAUGGUGUUGGCAAUGGUGUGUGAUUUGCAAUUGGAAUUCAAAGUUCAUUCGUUCUCUCUCUUAUAUGUUGUGUCUGUCUGUCUUGUCUUCUUCCUUCCAUUGUCUGCCAAUUUGUGUAGAUACAUACAUAGAUAGAGACAGAUAAAUUACGCUAACACUGCAUUACUCGAUGCCAUGCCAAGUCCAAUUGUAUAAAUUUCCUUAUUGUGUCGAGUAAUAACUUCGAAUUUUUGUUUUCUUGA